UAAGCUUAAUAUAAAUAUUAAGGACCGUCUCUAGAAGUGAAUAUCCCUUUGGUACCGAUAGUCCACCGCUCGUUGUCCAACACUGGUCAACCUCGUGUUUUUGUUCUUUUCUCCGCAUCGCCAUCGCCAGGCAAGAGUGCGCGCUAGAUUUUCGUUUAUUUAAUCGUUUAACCAGCAACCAACUCACUCCGAAAUGUCCGCAACCGAGGCCCUGAAUGUGGAGGCCGCCACGCCCGAGAUUGGCGAGGAGGCCAAGAAACAAAAGAAGCCCAAGCCGAACAACAAGAAACUUCGCCAAGAGGCGGCAGCUAAAAAGGCCGGAGAAGGCGGCGACGAAGAGCCGACCACAAACGGCGAUGCCAAGCCGGCGACACCGGCCGCCGCUCAGCCGGCCAAGAAGAAGAACAACAAGGGCAAGAAGAACGGUCAGACUGAUCCGCCGACCAUACCCAUUGCCAAACUCUACCCGGAUGGAAACUUCCCCGAGGGUGAGAUCGUGGAGCACCCCACGCCCAAGGAUCUGUCGGACGACCGCACCGCCAAGGACCGCUUCACGUCAGAGGAGAAGCGCGCCCUCGAUCGCAUGAACACUGACAUCUACCAGGAGCUGCGCCAGGCGGCCGAGGCCCAUCGCCAGACUCGCCAGUACAUGCAGCGCUAUAUUAAGCCCGGCAUGACCAUGAUCCAGAUCUGCGAGGAGCUGGAGAACACCGCCCGCCGUCUGAUCGGCGAGAAUGGCCUGGAAGCUGGUCUGGCCUUCCCCACUGGCUGCUCUCUAAACCACUGUGCCGCCCACUACACGCCCAACGCCGGGGACACCACCGUGCUGCAGUACGACGAUGUGUGCAAGAUUGAUUUUGGCACCCACAUCAAGGGACGCAUCAUUGACUGCGCCUUCACGCUGACCUUUAACAACAAGUACGACAAGUUGUUGCAGGCCGUCAAGGAGGCCACUAACACGGGCAUCAAGGAGGCGGGCAUCGAUGUUCGUCUAUGCGACAUUGGCGCUGCCAUUCAGGAGGUUAUGGAGUCGUAUGAGAUCGAGUUGGACGGCAAGACAUAUCCCAUCAAGGCCAUUCGCAACUUAAACGGACACUCUAUCAGCCCGUACCGCAUUCAUGCUGGAAAAACGGUGCCGAUUGUAAAGGGCGGCGAGUCCACCCGUAUGGAGGAAGAUGAGUUCUACGCCAUCGAGACUUUCGGCUCGACUGGUCGCGGCCUGGUUCAUGACGACAUGGACUGCUCUCACUACAUGAAGAACUUCGAGCUGCCAUUUGUGCCAUUGCGCCUGCAGUCAUCCAAGCAGCUACUUGGCACCAUCAACAAAAACUUCGGCACCCUGGCCUUCUGCAAGCGCUGGCUGGACCGCGCCGGUGCCACCAAGUACCAGAUGGCUCUCAAGGAUCUGUGCGACAAGGGCAUUGUGGAGGCCUACCCGCCGCUGUGCGACAUCAAGGGCUGCUACACGGCUCAAUACGAACACACCAUCAUGCUGCGACCCACUUGCAAAGAAAUCGUAUCCCGAGGCGACGACUACUAGUGGGAUGUGGACCUGGAUAGGGUCGAUAAUCGGCGUUGUAUUGCUUGCAUUAUAUACGGUUUUUGAUAUAAGUUCUUCUAUUGUUGAUCAUUUGUGAGCGUACACGGACCGAAUUAUAUAUACAGUGUAUUAUGCUCAGAAUA